AGAAUUCUACAAUUGGAAUAGAGUUUUUCUUCGAUACUGUGAUGGGGCGUCUUUUCUAGGAGAUACUGAACAAGAUGAUAACGGGCGCCUCGUCCAAUUUAGGGGGUCAAGAAUCUUUAGUUCUGCAAUGGAUGAGCUGCUGCAAAAAGGAAUGAAAAAUGCAGAAAAUGCUCUUCUUACUGGUUGUUCGGCAGGUGGAUUAGCGACUAUACUACAUUGUGAUGAAUUCAAAUCACUUCUACCGAAUGCUAAGAGAGUGAAAUGUGUUGCGGAUUCUGGUUUUUUCAUUCGAGCAAAGGACUUCCCUGGUGCAGAAGGCCGGGAAAAGAAUUUCAGAAAUGUGAUUGAUUUCCAUAAAUUAUACGAUAUAUUGCCUAAGUCAUGCACCUCGAAAGUGAAUGUUAGUUUGUGCCUUUUUGCCGAAUAUUUGGUUGGAGAUGUUCAGACACCACUCUUCUUAUUGAACCCCAUUUUCGACUCAUAUCAGGUAAAAUAUUUGAGCCCUAAUCCUCCUGAGCUUGAGGGUUGGAACACUUCUUGCAUCAAUGUUACAGCUAUUCCGGCGCCUCCUCCUACUCCAAAUACCUGCACACCACCUCAAAUGAAAUUCAUCAAGGAUUUUGGGGCUACAUUCUUAGAUGCAAUAAAUGGACUUCCUGAUAAUCCAUCA